CUCGCGACGCACGCCCGUCCGGACCGCGACCUUGCGAGUGCGAACACGCGACUAGUGCCAACACUGAAAGUUUGAAAGUGAAUGUUACAAGAGUGCGGGGUGCGUGUGAGUGUGACAGCGGAGAUGUGCAGGUCGGAGCGGAGCGGCGCGGGCUGAGCGGCGGCAUGCGGCGCGCGCCGGCGCUAGCGCUGCUGGUGGUAGCGGCGCUCGGGGGCGCGUGUCCGCCGGCGCCCCCCGCGCGCUGCGCUUGCUCCGACGGCGGCACGCGGCUCGACUGUCGCGGCGGGCACCUCACUGCGCUGCCGCUGCUCACCAAAGACCUCAUUUCCUUGGACGUGUCCAACAACAACAUCAGCACGCUGCCGCGCGACGCGCUGCAGCCCGCCAUUUCCCUCCGAGAUCUCAACCUGUCCUCCAACCGGCUGGAGGCGCUGGCGGCGGGCGCGCUGAGCGGGCCGGCGCUGGCGCGGCUGUGGCUCGACAGGUGCGCGCUGCGGCGGCUGCCCGCGCACGCGCUGCGGUACUUGCAUCGCCUGCAUUACUUGUCAGCGGAGGACAACUAUAUCUCGGACCUGGAGGAGGAGGACCUGAGCGGGUGUCGCUCACUCCGCUCGCUGCGACUCACGCGCAACUUGUUGCGAGCGGUGCCGGCCGCUGCGCUCGCGCCGCUGAGACAUCUGCAGACUCUCAACCUGGCGGGCAACCUGGUGCCGGCGCUGGGCGACGCCGCGCUGCCGCCGCUGCCCGCGCUCCACACGCUGAUUUUGAAGCGCAACCGAAUCACUCACAUCUCGGACCGAGCUUUUGCCAACACACCAAACUUACGCGUAUUGAGACUGGAAGAGAAUCUUCUAACGGAGCUGCCGGGAGCCCUGUGUCUGCUACCACUGCUGGAGGAUUUGUCUGUGGCAAGCAACCGCAUAGAGUUGGUGGAGGAGGGCGUGCUGACGGCGGCGCGGCGCCUGGCGCGGCUGGAGCUGCGCGCCAACCCGCUGUCGCGGCUGCGGCGCCGCGCGCUGGAGCAGCUGCCCAGGCUGACCACGCUAAUAUUGUCUGAGGCGCGUGGUCUCCGCGAUCUGCCGUCGCUUAACGGCUCGGAGCGCCUGCGCACGCUGCGUGUAGACCGCGCGCGGCUCACCCGUCUGCCGGCAGAUCUCUGCGCGCACGCACCGCAGUUACGAGCAUUGGACGUGAAGGGCAACCAGCUGGAGCGCGUGCCCGAGCUGCGCGCGUGCGCGGAGCUGCGCGUGCUCGAGCUGUCGGACAACCAGAUCUCUUGGCUGGGCGGCGAGGCGCUGCGCGGGCUGGCGCGCCUGCACGACCUGCUGCUGGCGCGCAACCGCCUGCGCGCGCUGCCGCGGGACGCCUUCCGCCACACGCCGCGCCUGCAAGUGCUAAACUUGGAGGAGAAUGAGAUUGAACAUAUCGACAUGGAGGCGUUCGAACCCAUCUCUAACCUGGAAGACUUGAACGUGGGCAACAACCAGUUCCCGUGGCUGCCGGCCAGCGGGCUGCAGAAGCUGCUCCACCUGAAGGCACACAACAACCCGCAUCUGAGACAUUUCCACCCGCCGGAGCUUUUCCCCAGGAUACAGACACUGGUGCUGUCGUACGCCUACCACUGCUGCGCGUUCCUGCCUCUGAUGGAGGCGGAGGGGGGGGCGCGCGCGGAGGAGGAGCGGCUGACGGACUUCGUGCUGGUGCCGCCGCAGCACGUCGACCUCGCCGCCUGGGCCAACCUCACCGACAUCUGGCCUCACUACCUAAAUGCGUCCGGCAGCGCGAACAUGGGCGCGGGCGGCGCGCUGUGGGGCGGCGCGGCGGGGGCGCAGCGCGCGCUGGACCUGCGCGGGGACGCGCGCCGCGUGCACUGCCUGCCCAUGCCGGGUCCCUUCCUACCCUGCGUGGACUUGUUUGACUGGUGGACGUUGCGGUGCGGCGUGUGGGCGGUGUUCCUGCUGGCGCUGCUCGGCAACGGCACGGUGGUGUUCGUGCUGGUGUUCAGCCGCAGCCGCAUCGACGUACCGCGCUUCCUCGUCACCAACCUGGCGGCCGCAGACUUCUUCAUGGGCGUGUACCUCGGCUUCCUGGCUGUGGUGGACGCGGGCACGCUCGGCGAGUUCCGCGCGCACGCCAUCGCCUGGCAGAUGUCGGGCGGCUGCCGGCUAGCCGGCUUUCUGGGCGUGCUGUCCUCCGAGUUGUCCGUGUACACGCUGGCCGUCAUCACGUUGGAGCGCAACUACGCUAUCACGCACGCAAUGCAUCUCAAUAAGCGCCUGUCUUUACGUCACGCUGCGGUAGUGAUGGCGGCCGGCUGGGCCUUCAGCCUGAUAGCGGCCGCGCUGCCGCUGCUCGGCGUGUCGGACUACCGCAAGUUCGCCGUGUGCUUGCCCUUCGAAACCUCCACGCCGGUCGCACUAGGUUACGUCGUCGCGUUGCUGGUCAUCAACGGAGUCGCCUUUCUCGUGCUGCUGGGCUGCUACCUCAAGAUGUACUGCGCCAUUCGCGGCUCGCAGGCGUGGAACUCCAACGACUCCCGCAUCGCGAAACGCAUGGCUCUGCUCGUUUUCACGGACUUCCUGUGUUGGUCGCCGAUCGCAUUCUUUGCGCUCACUGCAGCGUUCGGUGCGCAACUGGUCUCUCUGGAAGAGGCGAAAGUGUUCACAGUAUUCGUUUUGCCCCUAAACUCCUGUUGUAACCCUUUUCUCUACGCGAUUCUAACUAAACAAUUCAAAAAGGACUGCGCACUCGUAUGUAAAGCGAUCGAGGAGUCUCGCGUGACGCGCGGCAUCGGCCGCUGCCGGCACUCUUCCAACUUCAGCAAUCGGCAGACGCCCGCCAACACCAACAGCCUCGCCGAGCGCUCCUCGCGGGGUCACCACGGCGCCGCGUGCGCCUGUCGCCGGCUGCUGCCGCCCGCCACCGCCUCCGAGGGCGGCGCCAGCGUCGGCACGGCCGCCGGGCCCGCGCCGCCGCGCCGCGCCCGCCACGAGCGCCUCAUGCGGUGGCUGCGAGCCUGCGGACGCCGCGCCGACCCCGCCCCCGCGCCCGCGCCCCGCCUGCCGCCCGCUGCGCCCGCGCGCACCGGCUCCGUGUCCUCCUCGGUGGAGUUCUCGUCGUCGCGGUCAGACUCGUGGCGCGCGUACGGGCGUCCGCCCCCGCCUCGCCGCGCUGCCUCGUGGCUCGUGGCGCGGAAGACGUCGCAAGACUCGAACCUGUCGUCGUCACGUAACGACUCAUCGGGCUCGAACGCGACCGCGUCGACGGGCACGUGGCGCACGUCUCGGUCCGGAGGCAGCGCGGCGGCGGCGCGACCGCGGCUAGCUCGCCAGGCGGCCGUCACGGCGGACGAGCCGCCCGGCUCCCCGGCCGCCGCCGGCCGCUCUACCGUAACUAGCCCAGCGGUUCCGGCGCUGGCCCCGCGACACCUGCAGACGAUUCCGUCUGCCGCCGAGCCGGAGCAGCCACCGGACGAGCCGGACCGGUGCCCCGCAUAAACGAUGCCAUCGCGAAGACUGAUCCUCACCCCGCCGCUGUCGCCGGCUAUCCGGCUCUUGCCGGACCGCAAGGAGUGUCUUACCGAGCCGUCCAGUAGAUCCCCAACGACCCGCAUUUUGCGGGUUGAUAAACCGAAAUAAACAUUGCAAUGUCUAAACUACUUUUAAGGAAGCUCCCAGCAGAUUGCCGCGACAUGGCCCGGAUGUCGGCGCUCUCGGUGGCUCAUACUCGCGUCCAAGCAGACGUUCCCUAUAAAUAUUUACGUUUGAUGAAUGAAAGAGUGAUCUGCCGGGUGCCCCUUGCAGAAGUCGCUGUAGAUUUUUGUACCUACAGUAUUAAAUUCAUGACAAUUAAAUAUAAGGAAUACAAAGUCAAGUAUUAUUGUAACAAAAUAUUUAUUUAGAAAAUUUUUAUAUAAGGUUAUUUAUAAAACAUUGGUAUUGACUAUAAUUAUAUUUAUAAUAAUUAUUUAUACAUAGGUGCAGAUCGUACUGUGUACGUAUUUCUAAGUGAUAUUGUAUAUUUUCGAGAACAAUUGUUACAAUGUUACCACGUGUUUGCAGGCCUAGCCCUGGGCAACCGAUGAGUAUUCGACGUAGUUGUUAUUAACACGUAAGCAACGAAAGUUAACACUACACGUAGAAGUACAAUCUAUAUAAAGUACGGGGGUGAGGCGACGACUAGAUCCUACAUAAAUAUUCAAAUUAUAAAAGUAGAUAAGUAAUGCUCAAUCUUGCUACAAAAGCUUUUCCUUGUUUUACAUACGGCAAGGCUAACUUUUAAUAGCCUCCAUUUAAGUUUUUCGCCAUAAUACAAAAUCUACAAAUGUGUUAAAAAAUUGACUUAGCUUAGGUAAUGGUUACUCUAAAAUAAUAAGUGCAAUAAGAUUAUAAAAACGAAUGACUUUAGGGCUGAUAUUAUCACUUGCAGUGACUUAAAGGUGCCUUUAUUUUCAAAGCUGAACGACUAAGAUCUCUUCAUCGCGGUACUGACAAUUAAUAACCUUAAUAUAAUAAAUAGCUGUAUUAUAUAAAAGACGUCGCCAAAGUAUCCCUGUACGAUAACCCUAGUUAAUAUUAUUGUUUUAAAGUAAUUGUUUGUUAUGAACCUACGAUAGAUUAACCUAAGUGUACAUAGAAAUAUAUUUAUGAAAGUCAGACAGACGUGUGAACGAGAGUGUUAUUUAUUUAAUUUAUUGUAAAAUGCAAUAAAAGAGAUUGCCAAACUCA